AUGAUGCUCGUUUCAGUUUCCGCGCUUGCUUUCAGCAUUGUCUCCUGCGCGAGGCAGGUCUACGCAACGCCACUGGCAAAUAGUUUCCCGCCUUAUAAUCCUCCUGGUCAUGGCGACGCCCGCUCCGCCUGCCCCGGCAUAAACGCUCUUGCGAACCACGGCUGGCUCCCACACAACGGCCGCAACAUCACCUAUGACAUGCUAGUCGAAGCCGUGCGCGGCGGGUUCGCCUUUGACCUGCCGCCGUCGAUACCAGGCUUCGCCAACACGACCUUCCACGCCGCGAUCACUGACCCUGCCAACAUAGCCGUGCACCCGGAGAAGACGACUUUCGACAUGGACACGGUCAACACACACAACGGGCCGAUCGAGAUCGACGGCAGCAUUUCCCGCAAGGACGACUUCUUCGGCGACAGUGUGGCCUUCGACCGCCCCACGUGGGACACGCAGUGGCGCCUGAUGGAGGAGGAGCAGGAGGCGUCUGGCGGCACUGGGGAUUACUUCGAUCUGGGGGUCGCCGCGAGGGCGCGUGCGAGACAUGUGCUGAUCAAGAGCCGAGCGGGCAACGAGGAGUUCCUCUUCACCAAUGAUACACUCGUCAAGAGCGCGGGCACGACUGCGUUGUACAUGAUUGUGCUCGGUGGGAUGACGAAGGAAGUGAAAAAGGACUGGCUGUGGGCGUUGUUCGGUAUGUUCUAA